ACUUCUGGCAACACUAGUCGAUUCCCCCCGCAAGUAUAUACGCAAACCAGGACAUUUACUUGUAAUCGAAACAAAAAAAAAGCGAAAAUAUAUACGGUUUAAAAUAUGAUUAAUUAACAUUAUAUUCGUUAUGUGAAGGCGCUCAAUAAGAAAAGUGACACCCAAAACAAUUCACUUGUAUAUAAUAGAUGUGUGCCCGCGCGCAUGUACAUACAUAUGUUCACGUAUAAGUAUGUAUACAUACAUUCAUAAAUUAGUUUGUAUGUGCCAAGGCAAAUCUUUGCCAGUGUCAGUGUUGCAGUGUACACUUAUGUAUAACAAAUAAAAUUGUUGAUCCAUUGGCAAAGAUGUAAUCAAAUGAGAGAAUGAACCAUGAUAAUGCUACUACUACAAAUGAUUAUUAAAGAGUGGAAAAUGACAAUGCGAUAAUUUAAAUGGAUUACUACGCCAAAUACGGAGGAGGAUGCCUUGAAUAAUUUCAGGGCGUCAAACAUUAAACUAAAUCAGAGAGAGAGAGUCUAUCGUGUGUGUGUGUGUGUAUUGCAGAGUAUACAAAAAUGGGAGCAAACUCUUCCAGUGACAGCUAUCCCAUGAGCACAGGAUCUGGGGGUGCUUCAGGCAAUAGUAAUAGCAACUCAAAUGGCGGAGUAUCGGUCAUGAUGCCGCUAAGUACAGCGGCCUUAUCCUCAUCGGGUGCAACUGGCAGCGGAGGUGGUCCUGGCGGUGCCAGUAGCAGCAGCGGUGCCGGUUUUGCUUUCGGCGGAUCUCAUUAUAAUCGUGAUCAAAGACGGAAACGCGUUACUGGUUUUGCGACGCUUAAACGUAAAUUUAUACGUCGCCGACGUUCAUCAAAGGCCUGUGAUCAUGCACGCGUGUUACGCGACUUUGUCUCGGAUUGGGCACCCCUUGAAUUGGCUGCACUCUGUGAGGAGUUUGAAUCUCUGGCAGCUUUAAGGGAUCUGUCUGUGCAAGCAGAGCUCGCACGACCUCCAGCAACUACAUACAAGCAAGACCUUGCCGCACUUUACGAUUUAAAUUUGUGCACUGACUGUGAUCUUGUAUUUCGUGGAACCAUAUUUCCGGUGCAUCGUUCCGUAUUGUCAUCACGUUGUACAUAUUUUCGGGAUUUACUAUCGGGUUGUCCUGGAUUUGGAGCACGAAUUUGUCUAGAAUUGCCCACAUCUCCGAUCGAUGUUCAGCUAUUCUCAUCACUUCUACGAUAUUUAUAUACAGGCGAUUUAUGUACGCAUGAUCCGAAUAUUGACAUUAAUCUGUUGCGGCAAUUGGGCGAUGAUUUCGGUACACCCAAUCCCCUGGAACAUGAUCUCCGCUAUUUGCUGGAAACUGGCGAUUAUGCUGAUGCAGCGCUUGUAUUUACCGCCGAGUGCAGCAGCGAUGACUAUUUGCGUCAGGAUUCGGGGACCUCAGAGUAUGGUUUUCGACCGAAGCUCGAACUUCCAUGCCAUAAAGCCAUAUUGAGUGCACGUUCGCCAUUCUUUCGAAAUUUAAUUGCGCGUCGAACGCGCAACAUUGACGAAUAUGUCGAACGUUCAUUGCACGUGCCCACACGGAUUGUGCUGGACGAGACGGUUAUACCGAAGAGAUAUGCACGAGUCCUUCUGCAUGCCAUUUACCUUGACACGGUUGAUUUGACACUGAUAUUACGUGGUGCCGGAUCGGGCACCUCGGCUGGUUCUUUGGGCGAGGUGCAUGCUUUGACGAAUACGGGACGCGUGCGUCCAACCACAUUAGAGGAGGCCAUGGAGCUGUAUCAGAUUGGUCGUUUUCUUGAGCUUGAUAUAUUGGCGCAGGGUUGUGAGGAUUUGAUACUCGAAUGGUUAUCGUUGGACACACUGCCAACCGUGCUUAAGUGGGGCUGCCAACCACAUGGCUCGGCAUGGGUGUUCCGUCAAGCUUGCCAGUAUUUACGCGAGGAGUUUGCCGCAGUGAGCGCAUCGCCGGUGCUCCAUCAGUUGGAUAAGGCGCAGCUUUUGCAUGUGCUGCAAAGUAAUUUCCUGCAGGCAUCCGAACUGGAAGUAUUGCAGGCUGUACUCAAAUGGGGCGAGCAGGAGCUCAUUCGUCGCAUGGAGGACCGGGAGCCAAAUUUGCUGUCACACACAGCCCACUCAGUGGCCCGCAAGGGUGUGAAGAAACGUGACCUAAGCGAUGUCGAGUUAAGGGAGAUUCUAUCGGAACUGUUGCCAUUAGUCCGCAUGGAUCAUGUGCUGCCGCCACACAGUGAGGUGCUCUGCCAGGCAAUACGUCGAGGACUUGUCAGCACACCGCCCUCACAUAUGAUUGGCGAUGAGCGUGAGAAUUUGCGGAUCAAUGCAUGGAUUCGUAGUGGCAAAAACCAGGGAUUAUUUGUGCGUCCACGCCUCUUUAUGCCGUAUUUCGAGGAGGUCAAGGCACUGUUAGAGGAUCGGAUGUCGUCGUCGCAUCAUCAGGUGGAGCUAAUGCGUAUGCGUCGUUCGCGACAUCCACCCGAUAUACCGGAUACCCUGUAUAUGGUCUCACGCAUGAAUGCGGCAGCAAAUAAUGGACUCGGUCUGAGAACUGGGAACAUCACUUGUGGUGGAAUUGGCGGCGACAGUGCCGAGGCGCAGCUUGGAGCUGCUGCAAUACCGCCACCCGAUAGCCAAACACUUGCCGCAAUGAGAAAACGGGAGCACAAGUUGCGCCAAUCGCCAAUGUGCCAGCGUGCACUUUUGCUGCCACUCUCAUCCAAGCACGAGAUCGAUCGACAAAUUCGUCUUCGCGUUGUCCGGGAAUUCAAUCUGCCCGAUGAGGUUUCCGAUCUAUUAGAGAAUGCGCUGCAGUCAAAUCAAGGAAGCGGCGAUGUCAGCGCCACUGAUGAAUGUGGAAGUGGAGUGCCAACGACCACUCAGACAGAAACUUGUUUACUUGAAGACGAAGACCAAAGUCCGCCGCCAUCGCCAGCGGCAACAAGCCUAGCCCCGCGACACACAACAGUUGCUUCUUCAUUUCAAUCGUCCUCGUCGAUGGCCUCAUCAGCAACAUCCUCAACAUGUGGCACGGAUGUUGGUCAUCCGUUCUACAGUCGGAAUCUCACAUUUCCUCGCCAGCAUUCAAGCGGUUUGCUUGGCGUGGCCGGCCUUCUGGCGGCCAGCUCUGGCCCUGGUUUGCAGUGCAGCUAUGCUCGCCUCUCGGCAUCGGUUCAUCAUCGCAAUGAUUUGCCAGCGUUAAUUACAGAAGGUGAUUUUCGUUUUCCCCAUGGCAAUGCAAUGGGCCUGGAUAUGCGGGCCGAGGGUGGCGCCUGCGGCAUGGACUCUGGUAAUGGCCAUCUAUCUGAUAUGAUGCCCGACGUGGCCAUGGCAACGGCAUCGUUGGGUCAACUGCAUUUGACAAAUAGCGGUCCUGGAGGUUGUACCAGCAAUAGCAACACUAACCGCGGUGCUGUGGGCAACAACGAUAUGCCAGAAAGCUUGCAAUUAGAUUUGGGUGAUGGCCCCGGUCCACAUAUAAUGGGCAAUGCUGCCAGUGCUAUGGCCCUACGCAGUUUACAGCAUCAACUACCACAAAGCAACUAUCACCAUUUUAUGCAGCGUUCUAACUCACCGUUCGAUGUGCGCCAAGGACAGCAUUCUCCCGCACCACACCCCCCACAUCCUGGGGCUUACAACUCCGGACCACCCAGGUUUUUAUAGAGGCUACGAGUAGCCCCCGAUAAGGGGCUGUACUUCGGCACGCCUUUCUAAACAAACAAAAAACAUAAAAAAAAAGAAACCCAAUUAAAAUUUAAAUACAAAAGCAAAACAAAACAAAAAACAUUAGAUAAAUAAAAUAAAAUACAAAAUGUAACUAGCGUAUGAACAUUUCAAGGCUUAAAAAUACACGAUCAAACGCGUUUUUUCUGUCCCGUUAAGGGCAAAUGUAUAAAAAGAUAAUAAUUAACAAACUGGUUAUUUAUUUUGUAUAUAAAUCAAUAUAUUUAGGGAAACACCCAUUUAUUUAUUUUUCAAAUCAUGCAUGCAUAAUCAUCUUUAUAUAUAAUAAUAAUCCCUAUAGAUUGCUAUUUGAAGUGCAUCAUCAUUCAUCAUUAUUAUUUAUUUCUAUGGGGAACGUAUGUAUUUCUAGUCUGAGAACGGGAAUCUUGUGUUGGCUCCUGAGUUCUUUUAAGGUGUUCUUGUCUCUAUUAUCGUAUGAAAACCCAAAGAACAUGAGUCCCGAGCUGUUUUUCCCUGGAUAUACAUAUGUAUAUGAAUCGUAUCUUGAAGAAUUUAAAGAAUAAAUGUUUUCAAUGUUAACGGACUAAA